GGUCUUUUUCGCCUUGUAAAACUACGACGUCUUAGCUUGAGUGACAAUGAAAUAGCCCAACUUCCAGCUGAUAUCGCUAGUUUGGUAAAUUUGGUUGAAUUAGAUAUAAGUAAAAAUGAUAUUCCAGAUAUACCUGAAAACAUUAAAUUUCUUAAAUCAUUACAGAAUGCAGAUAUUAGUAGUAAUCCUUUAGCAAAGUUGCCAGCAGGCUUUGUGCAACUCAAAAAUCUUACAGUACUUGGUUUGAAUGACAUUUCAUUAUCACGUUUACCAAAUGAUUUUGGAAAUUUAUCAAAUCUCCAAUCCCUAGAGCUUCGUGAAAAUAACUUGCGGACAUUACCUCCUUCAUUUGCCAACUUAACCAAAUUGGAGAGGUUGGAUUUAGGAAGCAAUGAAAUAUCAGAAUUACCUGCUUUAAUUGGCCAAUUCCUAAAUCUUCAGGAACUGUGGCUUGAUUGUAAUGAACUUUUUACUUUACCACCGGAAAUUGAAAGUCUAAAGAAACUAACUUGUUUAGAUGUCAGUGAAAAUCGGCUUGAAUAUCUUCCUGAAGAAAUUGGAGGAUUGGAAAGCUUAACAGAUCUGCAUUUGUCACAGAAUUGUCUUGAAUCUCUUCCUGAUGGAAUAGGAAAACUAUCAAAGCUGACCAUUUUUAAAGUCGACCAGAACCGCUUGUUAUCUCUCACCCCUGAAAUUGGAAAUUGUGAAUCUCUUCAGGAACUUAUAUUGACAGAAAAUUUAAUAUCAGAAUUGCCUUCAUCUAUAGGAAAAUUAGUAAAUCUAACAAAUUUGAAUUUGGAUAGAAAUAGACUUUCUCAGUUACCACCACAAAUAGGAAAUUUAGUAAGAUUAGGUGUUUUGUCUCUGAGAGAAAAUAGGUUAAAUUUCUUGCCUGAAGAAACAGGGAUGCUUAAAGAAUUACAUGUUUUAGAUGUGUCCGGGAAUAGGUUACAGUACCUUCCAAUUACAGUAACUGCUUUGAAUUUAAAAGCGCUGUGGCUUGCUGAAAACCAGUCGCAGCCAAUGUUAAAAUUCCAAACAGAUGUGAAUGAGAGGAAUGGUGCUAAAGUGUUAACUUGCUUUUUACUUCCACAACAAGAGUAUCAUCCUGAAAGCAUGGGUAAGUUUUUCAUGCAUUUUUUUAUUCUUGAAUUUAGUUU